UUGACCCACGGGCUAUGUUCCGGUGGAUUUGACCGAACGCCGUUUUCGAACAGUGAGCGAGAGUCUAACACGACUUCUGUGUUACUUUCUUCUCAUCUGCUCUUGUUCGAGUAUAUGCACCUGUUCUCCCCUUCUCUCCUCUGUUCUGUUCUUAGGCAGAAGAUGGAGGCAGAGGUUGUGGAGGCAGAGCUGGUUUUGCCAAGCUGCCUCGGUUUUAAGAGGGUUCAAAUGUAUGAAAAAUAUCCUAAAGGUCAAGCCAGAGGCCGGCACUGGAAACAUCUUAAACAGAUUAUUCAAGCUGAGAAUUACCAGAAUUACCCUCCUGAUGAACCCAAUUAUGUCAAUAUUGAGUCACCCCCCUCUAUGCAUCCCUGCAAGAGAAUUUGCGAUAUUACUGGCUUUGAGGCACCUUACUACGAUCCUAGGACUAAUCUCCGGUAUGCAAAUGCUGAUGUUUUCAAAAUUAUCCGAUCACUUCCUAAUGAGUAUGUUCAAAGAUACCUAGCUCUGAGGAAUGCUGCAAUCGUUCUUAAAUAGUGCUGUCACUAUCUCGACUUCUGAGACACCUUAAUCUUUAUGUUUUGUUCUAUCAAUUUUUGUAUUAAAUGUUUUAGGAUGUGAAAUAGAU